CGCUUUGUACUCAAGUUCCAAGGAAACUUGUUGUAACUAUUUAGGAUACAAAGUAUGUAGCGCUUUGUACACGUUCCUUAGUUUAAAUACCUAAUUCUGAAAAAUGUUGUCAAGUAUCAGAGGGUUUGUGAGCCGACAUAGACGGAAGUUUAUAGUGGGAAGUAUUGUCAUCAGCAGUGUUAUUUUCAUAAGAUAUACACAACGUAGACUUCGAGAAUUGCAAGGAAAAGAAAUCAAAGAGAUACUUGAAAGAACGAAAAGGCAAGAAUACUUCGAAUGUAUAGAAAGAAUAUGCAGUCAAAUGAUAAUGUCUCUUACAUCAACUCUAAGAGACACUGUAAUUCAAGUUUUAGACACUGAAGUUAUUGUAAAUAAACUCAGAAAUGGUUGCACUGAUAAAGUAGCAUGUUGGAAUGUACUGAAAGUUUUAGCAAUUACCAGAUCAGCUGUUAUAAUAUAUUCAUAUGCAAUGGCAGCUACUUUAAUAAGGAUUCAGUUUAGCAUAAUAGGUGGUCAUAUGUACAAGGAUAUUCAAAACUCCAAUGGUGCAUCUGCAGAAAAUAUUGUACAGACAAAAUAUAUGUCGCUCUCAAGCCAUUUUAGGCACGAUGGGAUAAAGAAAUUAUGUUCACUUAUUAAGGGUAAGGUUGUAGAAAUAACAACCUCAAUUUCAUUGAAAGACGAAUUAACUCUAAAGAAUAUAGAAGAAAUAUAUUGGGCCAUUACAUCUUCUAUAUCUACGGACAGUUCAAGGGAUCCUGUUAAGAAUCUUACUACAUACAUGCUACAGACAGAAUGCGAUGGCGAAGAAGAUCCUAUGUUUAUGAAAUUGAUUAAUGAGACCCUUGAUCUUUUGGAAAAUGAAGAAGUACAAAACAUAACGCAAAGCAACAUUAGAAAUGGAUUUAGUUUGUUGAUAGAUCAUAUGUCUGAAUUUUUCACUGGUCCUACAAAAGAAAAUGGCAAAACCCCAAAUGGUAUUUCAGUACCAGGAACAUCGAAUCAGAAUCAUAUAAGUUGGAGGGAAAAAAAUAACGUAGAAGUGAACAACAGUACAUUUAUUAAUAUCAAUAAGGUAUCAAUGCCCAUGGCUAAAAUAAUACCAAUUAUAAAUGGGCAAGUACCAGACAAAUCGAUGCCAAAAGCUUUUCAGACAGAUUUAUUGCAUCGUUUAGUGACAAAUGAAGAACUUAAAACACUUGGUGAAAAUAUUUAUGAAGCAUUCAGUUUUUAAAUUUCAUACAUCCAAUUAUUUAAACUGUAUGCAACACCAUAUGGCAUUAUAUAAUAACUGUUGCAUAAAAAAUUGAAAUUGUUAAUCUAUUUAAAUAUAAACACUUUGUUUACACUUUUGAAAAGAUAUAGAAAUGUAUCUUUUUUUUAUAGUAUAUUAUAGUGAAAAUUUGGUUAUAGGUAUUUACAAUAUGUUUGAGGUAUAAAGAAGCAAACUUAAGACACUUUUGUAUUUAAAUGCGUAUCAAUAACGUCAUCGCAAUUACAGAAUGCAAAAAUAGAAUUAUAUUAUAUUAAAAUACUUGUCAUGGUAUGUAAUUUCCUUAAAAAGGUAUAAUAUAUUUUUACUUUUCAAAAAUA